AGAGCCCGCGGGGAUGCGCUGGGUGCGCGGCGUCGGCUGCCCACUUCCCGCUGGCUGACGCGGGGCGAUUCCUGCCGGAGGAAGCGCGCUGAUUACGGCAGGAAGCUCUGCCCGGCCGCCUCCCCGGGGCCGCCGAAAUGCCGGAGCCCAGCGCAGUGGCGUCCCGCGGGCUCGCCUCGGCGUCACCGGGGCGGGCGGCGCUGGCCGGCCACCAGCUCGGAGCCGUGCUGAUGUCAGGUCCCUGCAGGGAUGACUUCACGCGCCAAGUAUCUGCCCGGGAGGAGCGGCUGCAGCGGGGCCGUGCCGUUGCCCCCUCCUCGUCCCCGUCUCCAUCGGGGACAGAGCGUGAUCUGGCCAGGCGCUCGCAGGCCCCGCGCGCAGACCAGUCGGCGCGGUGGGGAGAGAAGGAAACCAGAUGUUUACGGGAGGGAGCCCGUGCGGGACGCGGCAUUGUUCAGGGAGGAAGCCUGCGCCCCUCCGGACCCUGCCCGCCCCACCGAGGUGGUGGCGGCAAGCGGAAAGGCCGGAGCAAGAAGUGGAGGGAGAUCCUGCGGUUCCCGCACAUCAGCCAGUGCAACGAGCUGCGGCGAGGCCUGGAGCCGGACUACGGCAGCCUGUGCGAGAAGCAGCCCAUCGGGCGGCUGCUCUUCCGACAGUUCUGCGAGACGCGGCCGGAGCUCCUGCGCUGCAUUCGCUUCCUGGACGCUGCGGCGGACUACGAGCUGGCCCCAGAUGAGAAGCGCAAGGAGAUGGGCGAGGAGAUCAUCUUCAGGUUCCUGCGGCAGGAGUCCCCCGAUUACCUGCCCGAGAUCAGCCAGGCCCACGUCAGCCAGUGCCUGGAGGAGCUGCAGAAAAGCCCCUGCAAAGAGCUCUUCAGCAGCUGCCUGCACCCCCUGCGCCAGUACCUGAGCAGGGCGCCCUUCGCCGACUACCUGGACAGCAUGUACUUCGACCGCUUCCUGCAGUGGAAGUACCUGGAGAGGCAGUCGGUCACCAAGGACACGUUUCGGCAGUACAGGAUCCUGGGCAAAGGCGGCUUCGGAGAGGUGUGCGCCUGCCAGGUGCGCGCCACGGGGAAGAUGUACGCCUGCAAGAAGCUGGAGAAGAAACGGAUCAAGAAGCGGAAAGGGGAGGCGAUGGCCCUGAAUGAGAAGCAGAUCCUGGAGAAGGUCAACAGUCGCUUCGUGGUGAGCCUGGCGUACGCCUACGAGACCAAGGACGCGCUGUGCCUGGUGCUGACCAUCAUGAACGGCGGCGACCUCAAGUUCCACAUCUACAACAUGGGCAACCCCGGCUUCAAGGACGAGCGCGUGGUCUUCUACGCGGCCGAGAUCUGCUGCGGCCUCCAGCACCUGCACCAGGAGGGCAUCGUGUACAGGGACCUGAAGCCAGAGAACAUCUUACUGGAUGACGAUGGCCACAUCAGGAUCUCCGACCUGGGGCUGGCGAUCAAGAUCCCCGAGGGCGAGACGAUCCGGGGCCGCGUGGGCACCGUGGGCUACAUGGCCCCCGAGGUGAUCAACAACGAGCGCUACGCCUUCAGCCCCGACUGGUGGGGCCUGGGCUGCCUGGUGUACGAGAUGAUCGCGGGGCAGUCGCCCUUCCGUGCCCGCAAGGAGCGGGUGAAGCGGGAGGAGGUGGAGAAGCGGGUGCAGGAGCAGCAGGAGCACUACUCCGACAAGUUCAGUGAGGACGCCAGGGCCAUCUGCAUGCUGCUCCUGGCCAAGGACCCCCAGCAGCGGCUGGGCUGCGGGGCGGACGGGGCCGCCGAGGUGAAGCGCCAUCCCUUCUUCAGGACCAUCAACUUCAAGCGCCUGGAGGCCGGCAUCACGAAGCCCUCGUUCGUGCCGGAUGUAAGGCGCGAGGCCGCGCAGGUGCCAUGGAAUGGGGGGGACGAGACCCCAGCUGAUGGCACUUUGGGCCCCCCAGCCCCGGGCCGUGUAUUGCAAGGACGUGCUGGACAUCGAGCAGUUCUCCACCGUGAAAGGCGUCAACCUGGACCAAGCCGACAACGAUUUCUACGCCAAGUUUGCCACCGGCAGCGUCUCCAUCCCCUGGCAGAACGAGAUGAUCGAGACCGAGUGCUUCAAGGACCUCAAUGUCUUCGGACCCAACGGGACCCGCUCCCCGGACCUGGACUGGAGGCAGCUGCCCGAGCCCCCCAAGCGCAGCCUUCUGCAGCGCCUCUUCCGCCGCCACCCAGCCGACUACACCAUCGGUGCCAACGUGCCGUCCCCGCAGCCGGCAGCCACGAACUCGCACCUUCCCGCGGCCGGCGCCGCCUGCCAAGCCCGGAGCACGGCACCGGCACCGUCCUGACCCUGCUCCUCCGUCCCCAGGGAGCCGGGGCAGCCCCGAGCCCCCUCCUUGCCGUCUCAGGGCCAUCUUGGACUGCAGUGGGUGCUGCCGGGGCCGGGGUCUCGUGGAGGCGAGGUGGGACAAAGGCCAGCAGGGGCUGGUGUGCGCGGUGGCGGAGGGGCGCAGGGGGGAAGCAGAUCUCAUCCCCAUCCCGCUGUGACCCCACAGUUUCCCCAGCCCCUCUCCCCAGCCCACCAGCUCCCCGUUUUGGGGGUCAGCACCUGCCGAGGGCACCCUGGGGGCUCCUCUCCCCCCACCCCAGGGCUGGGUUCGGGUGCUGUGACUGGCAGCACCCAUUUUUGCUGUGUUUGAGCCCGGGCAGUGCCGGCGUUAUCUUAUCGCCGGCUCCGAGCGUGACCUCUGCGGGCGCGGGGGGGCCGCGGGUUUAUCUGCGCUCUCCAAAUAGAAACAAAGCAGCCUUGGAGCAGGGGGGCUGGGAGCACCCCGGGGUCCUGCAUGGGCUGGGGACGUGGGGAGGGACCUGCCCGGGGGUGGCACAGCCUCGUUCCCCCCCCUUGCUUGAGCCACUGACGGCCGCCAGAAUGUGAAAUGGGCUCAGAAAAGGGAAUUUUCCUGCGAGGGGCAGCAGCACAUGUAGGGGGGUGUGCUGGCAACGUGGGGCUGGGCCCCAUGGCGCUGGGGGGCCAGGACCCCGUGCAGAGCCGAGCCCCCCAGCAGAGACGUCCUUUAUUUUUGUAUGGUGCGCGCGGCGGGGCCCUCGAUCCCUUGCAGCGCUGUACGCCCCCUGGUUCCUGCGCGUUCGGUUUGGGUUUUGUACAUUUGUAAACAGUUGUAAAUAUUUGUACGGUGA